GCCACGGCCGCCGCGGAAGUUGCUGUCACCGGGACCCGGAGUGGAGGCGGCUGCGACAUGAAGCGGCGCGGACCCGCUCCGUAGCGCGUCGGGGAGCGGGGCUGGGGGGAAGGAAAAUGCAACAUGGCAGCAGCAAUGGAAACAGAGCAGCCGGGUGUUGAGGUAUUUGAAACAGCAGAGUGUGAGGACCAAAUUGACUUGCAGAAUCGCCCUCAGUUGGAGCCGUUUUAUGUUGAACGGUAUUCUUGGAGUCAGCUGAAAAAGCUGCUUGCUGAUACCAGAAAAUAUCAUGGCUACAUGAUGGCUAAGGCCCCGCAUGAUUUUAUGUUUGUGAGGAGGAAUGAUCCAGAUGGACCUUAUUCGGACAGGAUCUAUUACCUCGCUAUGUCUGGUGAGAACCGAGAAAAUACUUUAUUUUAUUCCGAAAUCCCCAAGACCAUCAACAGAGCAGCAGUCUUGAUGCUGUCUUGGAAGCCUCUUUUGGAUCUUUUCCAGGCAACACUGGACUAUGGAAUGUAUUCUAGAGAAGAAGAAUUAUUAAGAGAAAGAAAACGCAUUGGAACAGUUGGAAUUGCUUCUUAUGAUUAUCACCAAGGAAGUGGGACAUUUCUGUUUCAAGCUGGUAGUGGAAUUUACCAUGUGAAAGAUGGAGGGCCACAAGGAUUUACUCAACAACCUUUACAGCCCAAUUUAGUGGAAACUAGUUGUCCCAACAUACGGAUGGACCCAAAAUUAUGUCCUGCUGAUCCAGACUGGAUUGCUUUUAUACACAGCAAUGAUAUCUGGAUAUCCAACAUUGUCACCAGAGAAGAAAGAAGGCUCACCUAUGUGCACAAUGAGCUAGCCAACAUGGAAGAUGAUCCCAGAUCGGCUGGAGUUGCUACAUUUGUUCUUCAAGAAGAGUUUGAUAGAUAUUCUGGCUAUUGGUGGUGUCCAGAAGCUGAAAUGACUCCUAGUGGCAGUAAAAUUCUUAGAAUUCUAUAUGAAGAAAAUGAUGAAUCUGAGGUGGAAAUUAUUCAUGUUACAUCCCCUUUGUUGGAAACAAGGAGAGCAGAUUCAUUCCGUUACCCUAAGACAGGAACAGCAAAUCCAAAAGUCACUUUUAAGAUGUCAGAAAUAAUAGUUGAUGCUGAUGGAAGGAUUAUAGACAUCAUAGAUAAAGAACUAAUUCAACCUUUUGAGAUUCUAUUUGAAGGAGUGGAAUAUAUUGCCAGAGCUGGAUGGACUCCAGAGGGAAAAUAUGCCUGGUCCAUCCUACUAGAUCGUUCCCAAACUCGCCUACAGAUAGUGUUGAUCUCCCCUGAAUUAUUUAUCCCAGUAGAAGAUGAUGCCAUGGGAAGACAGAGACUCAUUGAGUCAGUGCCUGACUCUGUGACACCACUGAUUAUUUAUGAAGAAACAACAGACAUAUGGAUCAAUAUUCACGACAUCUUUCAUGUUUUCCCCCAAACUCACGAGGAUGAAAUUGAGUUUAUUUUUGCCUCUGAAUGCAAAACAGGUUUCCGUCACUUGUACAAAAUCACAUCCAUUUUAAAGGAGAGCAGAUAUAAACGGUCCAGUGGUGGGCUGCCUGCCCCAAGUGAUUUCAAGUGUCCAAUCAAAGAGGAAAUAGCGAUUACCAGUGGUGAAUGGGAAGUUCUUGGUCGGCAUGGAUCUAAUAUCCAGGUUGAUGAAGUCAGAAAGCUGGUGUAUUUUGAAGGCACCAAAGAUUCCCCUUUAGAGCAUCACCUAUACGUGGUCAGUUAUGUAAAUCCUGGAGAAGUGACGAGGCUGACUGACCGUGGCUUCUCCCACUCUUGCUGUAUCAGUCAGCAUUGUGACUUCUUCAUAAGUAAAUAUAGUAACCAGAAGAAUCCACACUGUGUGUCCCUUUACAAACUGAUGAGUCCUGAGCAACUUGCAAAUGACCCAAAUGACCCAGCUUGCAAAACAAAGGAAUUUUGGGCUACCAUUUUGGAUUCUGCAGGUCCUCUUCCCGACUAUACCCCUCCUGAGAUUUUCUCUUUUGAAAGUACAACGGGAUUCACAUUGUAUGGAAUGCUGUACAAACCUCAUGACCUACAACCUGGAAAGAAAUACCCCACUGUAAUAUUCAUAUAUGGCGGUCCCCAGGUGCAGUUGGUGAAUAAUCGGUUCAAAGGAGUCAAGUAUUUCCGCUUGAAUACACUCGCCUCUCUGGGUUAUGUGGUUGUAGUGAUAGACAACCGGGGAUCCUGUCACCGAGGGCUUAAAUUUGAAGGCGCCUUUAAAUACAAAAUGGGUCAAAUAGAAAUCGACGAUCAAGUGGAAGGACUCCAAUAUCUCGCCUCUCAAUAUGAUUUCAUUGACUUAGAUCGCGUGGGCAUCCAUGGCUGGUCCUAUGGAGGAUACCUCUCCCUGAUGGCAUUAAUGCAGAGGUCAGAUAUCUUCAGGGUUGCUAUUGCAGGGGCCCCUGUGACUUUGUGGAUCUUCUAUGACACAGGCUACACGGAACGGUACAUGGGCCACCCUGACCAGAACGAGCAGGGCUAUUAUUUAGGGUCUGUGGCCAUGCAAGCAGAGAAGUUCCCCUCUGAACCAAACCGCUUACUACUUUUACACGGGUUCUUGGAUGAGAAUGUCCAUUUUGCACACACCAGUAUAUUACUGAGUUUCUUAGUGCGGGCUGGAAAACCGUAUGAUCUACAGAUCUAUCCUCAGGAGAGACACAGCAUACGAGUUCCUGAGUCUGGAGAACAUUAUGAACUGCAUCUUUUGCACUAUCUUCAAGAAAACCUUGGAUCACGUAUUGCUGCUCUGAAAGUGAUAUAAUUAUUCCUGGGUAGAACUCUGGUCUACACUGGCUAUUUAACCAAAUGAGAAGGUUGGAUCAGUUAGAGAACAUGGAAUUAAGCAUGCCAUGGUGGUACCUGCCAUAGAACAUCUGACUUCUGAAAGUACAUUUGGUGGCAUAGGCUUCUACAGCUCAUCUGAUUCCUUAACCACACACACACAGAAUGAAUUGAUACCUAUUCCUAAGGAAUCCAGCAAUGCCGUGAGAAUUACAGAGAAAAAACUUAAGACUUGAGCACCACAUUCAUACCACUCUCUUUUCACUUUUAAUAGCAUUAUAAAAUCUCACGGACCUAAUUAGUAGAUUUUUUUACUAUACUUCUGAGUUUGUUAAAAUAUGGCAUUAGUGAUUGGUUUGGUUCAAUUCCAGGAUCUCUUGACUAGUCACAGAUUUGAUAGCACUUAAUGUGAUUGAAUAGCUUAGGCUUCAUCGAGUGGGGUGUAUCAGCAUGUUAUAAACUAAUCACUAUUAAACCUAUGACUUAACCAA